CAUAAUGGCAGGCAUGAUAUUGGGAGAGAAACGUGAAUUAAAGAAGCACGAAGAUUGAAUUUGGCAGUUCAAGUUGGGUGUUUGCCCCUCCUAGAAUCAGAAGGCUAGUAAGGCUAGUAAGGCUAGUUGGUAGUCGUCUUCUAUUACAUUCGUCCACAUUUCUUCCUGGCCCGGUGAGCUGCACCACCCUCCGAUCGCUCAAACACAGUGCACCAAAAACUGUCUUCAUUAAUCUGCAUUUACGUCGCUGUCGACGAGAACGUAGACACCCAUGGCGCCAACAAUCCAUUACUAUUGUCCAUGCCAGUCUGAAGAGUCAGUUCAGACGCCUCCGCCUCCUCACAUGGCGUCCUCCUCUGCUAGUUUCCAUCCUUUGCAUAGCUUGUUCUUCUGCGAGGAAUGCGACGCUGUUCGGUGCAAUCGCUGUGUUUCCGUCGAAGUCAGUGGCUACUAUUGUCCAAAUUGCCUUUUCGAAGUCCCCAGUGCCAGCGUUCGUGCGGAAAAGAACAGAUGUGCUCGAAAUUGCUUUUCAUGCCCAAUAUGCCGGUCAACCUUGCAAGUAGUCGCGUCUGACCCUCCUGAUGGCGGCGAUGGCCGUCCUUCUGUGUCUCUCAGUAACGUCGGAGAGCCUCCCUUCUUUCUUUACUGUAAUCACUGCAGAUGGGACUCUGCCGAAGUUGGGAUAACGUUUGAAAAACCAACUGGACUGGCUGGUGCGCUGUUCCCCAUGCACACCGGUUUACAUCUAAUUGCCUGUCUGAUAGCACAGUUGCAGAAAUUUGAAGACUCUGCGUCCGAAUCCCUGGAGUUUGAGCGACUGAAGGAGCAUUUUGAACCUUUCCUCCGUACAUCAUCUCUUUCUUCUUUGUCUCAUAUUCCGAGCACAUCUUCUCAUCAUCUUCCCACUUCGUCUGCUACAGCCGCUGCUUCCGCUGCACUUGCGCGUGAUGUUCCCGGUGUCGGGAAAUACAACCCUCUUGCUCGCAGUCGUGUGGGCCGGGACAGGACAGCAAACAAGGACGAGAUGCCAGAGUACAAAAGUAGAAUGGAGAUUGGUGUUCUUGGUCAGCUGGGGUCUGAAGGAGAUGGUUCGGAUGUUGAGGCACUUCGGCGCAUGGAGAUUGCGGAGGAGAUUGCGUCACUUGAGCAAAGAUGGGGAAACAGCUGGACCACCUCGCUCAGAACAAGCGAUCUACGACCUCUCCGGAUUCCACUUCAUUCCAAAGUCUCGAAGCGAUGUCCGACAUGCAGGCAUAUCCUUAUCAAACCAGAGCAAAAGGCACAAUCCGUGCGAUACAAGAUCAAACUCGUAGCAGCCAACUAUUUGCCAGCCAUGACCGUGGCACUUCCCCACACCCAAGGGGCUGAUGCCACUAGGCGGCCGCUGGCCAAGGUGCCCAGUGCCCCGGAUGACCGGAACGCUGGCGCUAUGAUGGCUGGAAAAUCGUACCCCUUCCACCUCGCUCUGACGAAUCCCCUCUAUGAUCCUAUUCAAGUCCGACUUUCGGUGCAGCGAAUGCACGUCACCGCAGUAACUGAUGGUACUGCACCGGAGAAGGCUCGAAGGACACCCUUCGCAGUAUCCCUGCCAACCUCUUCAUUCCCUGUUGCCGCAUUUGCCGAAGCAUGGGAAUAUGACGACGACGACAUGUUCGGGCUCGAAGACGAUGAACUUGGUUUGGAAUUGGGUCGAAGCCGAGACAGAGACGGCAAAGGGAAGGUCAAGACUGUAGGAGUCUUGGAAAAGAGGGCCAAUGUUACGGUUGUGGGCGGUGAAAUUGUCAUAGGGAAAGAAGCUCGGGGCCAUGUAAAGUUCAACAUGCUUAUUUCCUAUACCUAUCGAUCCGAUGACCCACUUCCUUCGGAAGACGGUGCCGGGACGCCUUCCCGCACAAUUGCGAAGACCCCGGAAGUGAAGACAUUCACUUUCUAUACUGUCGUCGAUCUUGGUCCCAUUCUGCCUAGGGAAGAGAAGGUUGAUCCAGACAUCUGAUGCCAGAAUGCGCGCCUUUAUUGCUGCAUUGCCAC